CACUUGGUCUCUCGGUCGUGGAUCAUGGCGGAGCUACAGCGCCAAGUGGAGCCGCAACUCCUCAAUGGGGACGAGCUGAACGAGGGGAGGGAGGACGCAGACGUGUCAGAGUCAGUCAAGAAAAAGAGGAGGAAAAAGAAGAGGAACAAGGCUGCCGCGGCAGCAGGGACGAACGGGGCCGAGGGGGAUGGAGAGGCCGGAGGUGUUGGCGAGGUGACGAAACAGUUGGAGCAGCAAGUUUUGGAGGAGGAUGCAGAAGAAGAUGGAGACGAGGGAGAGGUCUCUGCGGGGAAAAAGAAAAAGAAGAAAAAGAAGAAGAAAGGAUUGAAGGGACAGACUGACCCUCCCUCAAUCCCUAUUUGUGAGCUCUAUCCCAGCGGAGACUUUCCAAAGGGAGAGGAGUGCGAGUACCCCCCCUCCAAAGACGGGCGCAGCGCAGCAUGGCGGACCACCAGCGAAGAGAAGCGCGUGCUGGACAAGGCCAACGAGGAGAUGUGGAGUGAUUUCCGGCAGGCGGCUGAGGCUCACCGGCAGGUGCGGGCUUACACCCGGAGCUGGAUCAAACCUGGGAUGACAAUGAUCGAAAUCUGCGAGAGGCUGGAGGACUGCUCCCGGACGCUGAUCAAAGAGAAUGGGCUGAAUUCGGGUCUGGCCUUCCCCACCGGCUGCUCCAUCAACCACUGUGCGGCCCACUACACCCCCAACGCCGGCGACCCCACCGUGCUGCGCUACGACGACGUCUGCAAGAUCGAUUUUGGGACCCACAUUAACGGUCGGAUAAUAGACUGUGCCUUCACCGUCACUUUCAAUCCCAAGUAUGACAGGCUGCUGGAGGCCGUGAGGGAUGCGACUAACACUGGCAUCAAGUGCGCAGGGAUUGAUGUGCGUCUGUGUGAUAUCGGUGAGACGAUCCAGGAAGUGAUGGAGUCGUAUGAGGUGGAGAUCGACGGGAAGACGUACCAAGUUAAACCAAUCAGGAAUCUCAACGGCCAUUCUAUUGGCCAGUACAGGAUACACUCAGGCAAGACGGUCCCCAUAGUGAAGGGUGGAGAGGCCACCAGGAUGGAGGAAGGUGAGGUUUAUGCCAUUGAGACCUUCGGCAGUACGGGAAGAGGUGCCGUCCACGACGAUAUGGAGUGCUCACAUUACAUGAAGAACUUCAACGUUGGACACGUGCCAAUAAGGCUUCCCAGGGCUAAACAUCUGCUGAAUGUGAUCAAUGAGAACUUUGGCACCUUGGCGUUCUGCCGCCGCUGGUUGGACCGUCAGGGCGAGAGUAAGUACCUGAUGGCGUUGAAGAAUCUGUGUGACCUUGGCAUCAUAGACCCAUACCCGCCUCUCUGCGACACCAAGGGCAGCUACACCGCCCAGUAUGAGCACACCAUCCUACUCAGGCCCUCCUGCAAGGAGGUAGUGAGCCGCGGAGACGACUACUAAACGCAUGCGCAAAGUUGCAGGGCGAUCCAGGAAGAGCAUGUCAGCUCAGAGACAACAAACCUCGUCGGACCAGGAUCACAAUUAUGCAAUAUUUCUGUGACCUAAAAUCUCCAUAGCUUGAACCCUGACCUUUAUAACAUUGUUUUAGCAACAGCAAGAGACUGCCGUUAUGGCAAUAGCUUACCUGUAUAUUUUUGGUUUUCCAAAGGAUCAAGCCAAUAGAUUAAGGGCAAAUCUUACAAGAAACAUUUAAUCUUGUCAUUUUACUUCUUCCUUGCUGUACUGCUUUUAGAAAAUAUGCAACUAUAGAAAUAUGCAAAAGGUUCAUGCAAAAAAUAUUUUGGCAGAUGCCUCAUCUGAUAAUGCUAUGCUUUGUUGCCUUGUUAAGACCCUGUGAGAAAGAGAGAGAAAAAAACUGCAAUUAAAGUAUUUAUAUUUCUAUAUUUAUUUGCUCUAUUUUAAUUUGAGGCAGUUUUAUAAGAAAUAAAUUGUUAUAAAUCUUACAUUCAUUGCUGUGUCCAUAUUUACAAGGGCAGUACGACUUCUGUUCAUCACCAGUACAUUGCCACAGUCAGACGCUUUAAAAUGAUCACAGGAGUAGUGAAAAUGUACAUUUCUCCUUGUCUACCAGACGGGGGCAGUAUAAAAGCAUGUAGCACAACUGAACGACCGGUCACAUUUGGUUGUUGAGUUGGUUAAGGAACGCGGGGUGACUGAUAGCACGGACUUCCUGUGCGAUGUGACCAUAAAACAAAACAAGACUAAUCCCAGUAGUCUAAACAAUGAGCCCAUUGGUGCGUAGCCUGCGCAGCGUGGAAUCAGUACGCAAGACAACGAGUACAGCGCGGGACACACAGAAACUGGAGUACUGACGUCACGGGGAGCACGAGCGCAUCUCAAACCUCCAAUUAUCCCCUGAACAUGGAAAUCGCAGCCCAUUUCCCUUAGUUUAGUAACGUCUUUGAAUCAAGGACACGGGCGAUGACGCUGAAGCCGAGGAAUGCUUCAUGUCUCCUCGCAGACCCGGUCCCGCUCCUCAGAGACGGCACGCAGGCCUAUUCUUAACCAAGGCCCGGCUCAAAUAUGGCCUGUGGAUUCUGGAUCUGAUACACGGUGACGUCAAUUAAGACCCUGCCUUCUAAUUCUUAUUUAUUUCAGGGGUAACCGGGGUGGCGGGUUUAUGAUAGAAACGAGCACAUGAGUGUGCACUCUCUCUCUCUCUCUUUUAAUCUCCCACAUACACAAACACAAGUACACACUUCUAUGUUUGCGAGGACCCUCACUGACUACAUUCAUUCCCUAGCCCCUAACCAUAACCCUUACAUAACCUCAACUCUAAACCCAAGUCCUAAGCCUAAAAUAGACCCUUGAAGGAGUGAUGGCCAGCCAAAAUGUCCUCACUUUGCAAAAAUAGUCCCCACUGUUAUGGUUAAAACUGGAAAUGGUCCUCACGAGGAGAGAAGUACAAGAACACAUGCCUGCUCAGACACCAACAGCAUCAGGUUCAAGGAGGGCCUAUUCCAGUUUUCUCUCUCUCUCUCUCACACACACACACACACACACACACACACA